AUGAACAUCUUUGGCAUGGCCGCGAGUUACCUCGCUUUCGCCGUCUUGCACUUCUUCCAGCUCGUCCUGGCCGUAACCGUUUGUGGUCUCUACGCCGUCGACUUGAACCGCGCUAGAAACGAGGGAAAGUAUGUCGACUCUAAAUGGGUCUUCGCCGAAGUAGUCGGCGCGCUCUCCGCCGUCACGGCCGUCCUCUACUUCAUCCCCUUCAUCAAGCGCUUCGCUGCCGUUUUCGUCUGGGACUUUAUCCUAUUUGUACUUUGGAUCGCCCUAUUCGGUCUCUUUGGCAAUAUGUACAUCAAGGAGGAUGCCGAAGGCGACAAAGGCAUCCAGCGGAUGAAGAACGCGGUCUGGGUCGACUUGGCCAACGCCCUGCUCUGGCUCAUCGGCGCCCUCGCUUCGGCCGCCUACUGGUGGGGACACCGCGAGCGCCGCACCCGAUUCACUGGCCGCGGCAAGGUCUAA